AAGGCUUUUCUGUGUUUAGUAGAAAUGAUCUCCAUUUGACGUGUUCCACUGCUCCAGCUUUUAUCAGGUCCGUGAAUAUUGUAUAUGUGGCAGCCUUUGAAGUAUUUGAAGAAAAUCCUUUCGUUUGUAUUCCUUUCAAGAGUUUUAGUUCUCAAGAUGAGAAAUCUGUCUCAUUAUUCUGCCAGCAGGAGUUGUGGUUUUAGGUCUGUUUUCUAUUGGUCCCAGCCUAUUAAUAACCAGUGUCGUUGGACUGGCCCAUGUGGUUAUUAUGAUUGUAAGACUCCUUUCAGUAAUAACCAUCAGGAAACCUAGAAAAAAUAAACAUUUACUACUUACUGAAUCUGGAAAUUUUACAGCAUACCUGGGGCCACACAGUGAAAUGGGAGGCUGUGAAGAGAGAGCUUGAGGGAACAGAGGCCUGGGGUUCUGCUUUUAUUGGGGUCAAAGGUGGGGGCCUAGGGGUAUCUCAGCCUUGCUCUUUAUUGAGGAAUUUAAAACCAAAUUUAAAGCCUAGGAAGAGAAAAGACAAGUGGCCCACAAGGUCUCUUAUCAAAAUCAACUAAAACCUGAUCUCAAAUAAAGGAUACUCUGAGGGGAGGUGUCCUGGCUCUAUCUAGUUGAGUGGUGGGAGGCAAAGUGUUUAUUCCUCACCAGUCAGAACUUAAGUCAGGUACUUACCUGCAUUACAGAAAAAAACAAAAAACAAACAAACAAAAAACCUCUCAGGGCUUACACUACAAGGUCCUUUUCCUUAGCUCAUUUUGCAUAUGUCAGUACCUUGUACAUAUUUUCCUUAAGAAAGGGUAUUCAGGUUGGAACAUGGCUCUCCAUGUGUAGUCUGACAAACCCAGUGUAGACUGGAAUCCUGAACACCCAUUGUCUUGGCUUGUAGCUGUGUUGACCCAGCUACAGCCUCCUUGCUUGUCAGUCACAAGACCUUCCCAUGCCUUCCCUGAUGCUUGAACCAUUUUCCUCACUGUCCACAGGCUGUUGCCUUUGGAAGGAGCAGUAUGAGAGCAAGGGUGUCCUUUUGGCCGUUUACCCAGAGCAAUGAAUUACAUUGAGGAUUGCAAAGUAUAAUCAAGUGCACCACCCAAAAAAUUAUUUCCCAUUACUUUGAACAAUUUGGUUUGACUAGAUUGUAGAUCCAGAUUUGGUUUGACUAAGAUAUAUUUGAACCUUUGUUGGUAUUUUUGGGUAGUGAUAUGACCAGUCACAUGGGUGGUCAGUAAUAAGCAGUGAUUGUAUCCAGUGUGAGGGAGUGUUAGAUGUCCGGGCAAAGUUAGUAAUAUCAGACCCUGUAGAGGGUCCCACGCAUCCUACCAGAGACGACACAUAGAGUUACCCCGUAGAUUUUAGUCUGUCACGUGGGGCAUAGAUUACCAGCAUGUUUUGUGUUAAAGAAUGUUUCUCCUUGAGAAUUUUUAAAAGCUUCAUUUGGUGUGGGGUAAAGAACGUAGGUCUUUGGCCAGACAGUCCUGAGUUUGAAUUCUGGCCUUUUCCUCACACACUGGUAUGUGAUUGUGAGCAAAGUCCUACUUUGCCUCAUCGUGUCUUGAAACUCAAAGGAGCUCUUGUGACUGGCAGGUGGUGCCUGUAAAAAGUUGUAGCUCUUUUUAGUAAGAAGCUAGCUUUUGCAUAAUUUCAAAGUGCGGAGAAAUUGAAAAUAAUUGAUAGGUUACUUAGUAGAAAAUAAAAUAUACCCAAUAUGUAGUUAGUGUUUGCUUUCUGAGGAUAGAAUGAUGAUACCGAGAUAGAAGGAUAGAACAUCAUGCAGGGUUGGAGCCACCACGGAGGCGUGUGGUUUCCAGGGCCUCUCCUAAAUAGACCUUUUAGCAGCAAAUGCAACUGCACUUUUAAGCAGUGACCUAAAUUUUCAGAUGACUGCCCUAGACUAAAGGUUUAGACUGUCACCUCAGCACUAAGUGGCUUAUCCAAGAUUAAACGUGACCUCGUUAGCACUUUAUCCCUUAAGCUAAGUUAGCUGGCUGUGGACCAUAACCUAAAAAUGGCUCUGAAACAACUUGAAAUGGGGUGGAAAUCUAGUAUUUGGAUCAUCCUAGUGAUUUGGAAAGUGUAAUAUUCAGCUCUAAAAUCCUGAUAAUGAAGAUGAACUAUUCCAACUGUAAACGGAAGAGCAUUUGCACUAAGCCCCAUGUUUUACAUAUUUUGCAUAAUUGUUGUGAGAAGCUGAAGAUUUAUUGUGUGGUCUUUUAUUUUUUAUUCCUGGAAAAACCUCUCCCAGUACAAUAGCCAGUCGUGUGCAUGGGGCUUGUGUGUGGAAUCGCUAGGAUUGAUGGUUCUCAUUCUGCUGUUGGAAAUCCAGAUGACUGUGAGGGGGGGAAAGCAAGGAUAAACCUUGUAAUAAGAAAUUAUGAUAUAUUAUUAUGGAAGUUGUCUUGAUUCAGAAAAUGGGUCAGUCUCUGUGAAAUCUGGUGUUUUCUGUUUUUCCCAACAGUUUUAUGUCAGAUGUUUUGUAUAACAUUAUCAUUUUAUGUGACCUAAAAUCAUUCUUUUCAGAGUAGUUUCAUGGAGUAAGUAUAAAAUUGGAGAAGGUAUGUUUUAUGGUUUUGGAAAAGUAAGACCUCCGCAGAUGGGAGAAUGUUGUCUCUGAAUUAGAUGAAGGAAUGUUGUAUGUUAGCAGUUGGCUCAGAGGGGAUCACACUUUUUUCCUCUUGAAGGCAGUUGGGAAGAAGGUAAGCAAUGUACUUUCCAUUGUUAAAGAAGUGGAAAGGUUGCUUAGCAUACAAGGAGUAGUAGGAGGUCUGAUAGCGGCUGUAGCCUGGAAACAGGUUUUGUAUUUGUUACAAUAAAAUGUCACCAUUCAUCCAGUUGAGUAAGAGUUUUGUUAGUGGUGUUUUUGCCUGAAAUUUGUACAUCUGGAAAUCCAAAUGCACAGAUUGAAUUGAUUGCUUGAUUUGAUAUUUAUGUGUAUGUGGGGGUGUAGAGUUGUCAGAUAAAAUGUAGAACACCAGUUAAAUUUUAAUUUCAAAUAAGAAUGAAUAACUAUAGUAUUUGUUGUUUACCUUAAUUUCAUUCUUUUUUGCUCUUAAAGAUUUAUUUACCAAAGAUAAUCUACAGUACUUGAAAUAUUCAAAGAGAGGCUGAUAUUAGCAUCUGUGUUCUUUUUGUGUUUAUAUUCAGUGACUUUGUCCUGUGUCCCUGUUAAGGCAGAUCUAUGUUCAAGAUUAUUUCAGCCCUAAAUAUCUGACAUUGUAGAUUGAUGAUUUGUAGUAAAGUGUCAAAUUCAUACUUUAAUGAUAUUUUUCAGUUGUCCAAUAUGUUUUAGGUAUCUCAAGUUGAUUUGAAUUCAUUUGAUAUUAUAAGUUACAAACUUCUGGUGGAUACAGUGGAAUUUCCUAUAUAACUUUUUUUUUAACCUUCUGAAUUUGGCAUCCUUGGGGUGGGGUGGGGUAGGUGGGUGCUGACAAAAUACAUUCCAUCUGUAUUAUUUUCAGAAUUCAGAAUUUGAAAUUGGUGUGUUAUUAGAAAUUUUACUGUUGUGCUCUUACCUGUUAUGUAAAAACUUUUUUAAUUACAGUAUUGCCUAAGUGUGAUCUUGAAGAUGGGAGGUGCUGUGAGUGCUGGUGAAGACAAUGAUGAGCUAAUAGACAAUUUGAAAGAAGCACAGUACAUCCGGACUGAGCUGGUAGAGCAGGCUUUCCGAGCUAUCGAUCGUGCAGAUUAUUAUCUUGAAGAAUUUAAAGAAAAUGCUUAUAAAGACUUGGCGUGGAAACAUGGAAACAUCCACCUCUCAGCUCCGUGCAUCUACUCAGAAGUGAUGGAAGCCCUGGACUUGCAGCCCGGGCUCUCCUUCUUGAACCUGGGCAGUGGCACUGGCUACCUCAGCUCCAUGGUGGGGCUCAUUCUAGGUCCUUUUGGUGUGAACCACGGGGUUGAGCUCCAUUCAGAUGUAAUAGAAUAUGCAAAGCAGAAGCUGGAUUUCUUCAUUCGAACCAGCGACAGCUUUGACAAAUUUGACUUCUGUGAACCUUCCUUUGUUAUUGGCAAUUGCUUGGAGAUUUCUCCAGAUUGUUCUCAGUACGAUCGAGUGUACUGUGGGGCUGGUGUGCAGAAAGAGCAUGAAGAAUACAUGAAGAGUCUUCUCAAAGUAGGGGGCAUCCUUGUCAUGCCACUGGAGGAGAAGUUGACUAAGAUAACACGAACUGGUCCUUCCGCUUGGGAAACCAAAAAGAUUCUGGCUGUUUCUUUUGCUCCUCUGAUCCAGCCCUGUCAUUCAGAGUCAGGAAAAUCAAGACUUGUCCAGUUACCGCCACUGGCCGUGCGAAGCCUCCAGGACUUGGCUCGCAUCGCCAUCCGGGGCACCAUUAAAAAGGUCAUUCGUCAGGAGACGGUGAGCAGCAGUGGAAAUGGACCCAAGAACACUCCGGGGGUUAAACGAAGGAGAGUGCGCCGCCGUCGAAUGGAAACGAUCGUCUUUUUGGACAAAGAGGUUUUUGCCAGUCGGAUUUCCAGCCCCUCUGACGACAACAGCUGUGAAGACUUGGAAGAGGAGCCUCGGGAGGAGGACAGAGCCCCGCCGCCCGAAGCCAAGCCAGCCCCGCCGGUGAACUUUCUACGGGAGAAGGUCCUGAGCCUCCCUCUGCCAGACCCCCUGAAAUACUACUUGCUCUAUUACAGGGAGAAAAUCUCCAUUCAGUGGUAUCAUUUCAGUAAACGUGAUCUGACAAACCUAAAGUGCGUAGGAGAAGGUUUUCUCAAAAGGGAGAGCAUCUCCUGGAAAAGAGUUUUUGCCAUUUGCUCUGAUGAAACUCUGACGUCUGCCUGCAGAGACUGCUUUGGUGACCGUCUUCUAGCUCAAGAUAACACACGAAAACUGCAGUUGAAAGUAACCUGUGUUGCUUAGAGAAGGUGAAAGAAAGUGCAGGUUUGCGAGUGUGUACAGUCUUUUCUGGGUGUGACACACCUGUGUCCAGGUUAGUGCUUUAUGGAAUCAACCUCUUCAUUACUGGCGCUGAGCUCCUCUAGCCCUUUUCAUUCUCCAGGGGGGAGGGGUGGGGAGUGUUAUUGAAAAGCUCUCGCUUAUUUUAAAUAAAUGUAAUGAAGUUUUAUGUGCGUUGUCAGUUGUAAUUUUGAAAGAGAGAAAUUGUGCUGGGGGAGGAGGAAUAAAAGUCUUUCUGGAAGAAAGAUGUCUUUCAGGAAUUCCAAAAUAAUUCAAGGAAUAUUUUCCCGACACCUUUUCUUAACUUUUAGAAGAACCAAUGUCAGAUAAUCCUUUAAAGAAAAUACUUAAGAAUGAAACAGGUGUGUGCAGUGAGCUACCUUACUUUUACCCCAAGGAUGGGGAUGACUCUUGACCCAACCUUGAGUAUGUCAAUGGGUGUCUGAGACAUGGAUCUACUCGUGGUCGAAAGGGAUGGGAAGUGUUAAAACUGCAGGAAAUACAUUGGAGACAAUGUUACAAUAGCCUGUGCUCGUUUUUUUCUUCAGUUGACUAUUUUUCUGUAAUCACAUUAUAGUACUGAUUAAUAGAUUUUAUCUUUUAUAAUUCUGGAGAUGUGUUAGUUUUCUAAUUUUUCUUAAUAACAAAUAUAUGUAUUUUAGUAGCUCCAUUUCAUUAAAAUAACAGUUUAACCCCCUGUGACUUGUGGAAUUUACCUUCUCUAGGCUCUUUGUGUUGACAGCUUUCUGUGUUUACCAAGUUCCAAAACAUUGGUUCUUUUUCAAGCUUGCUUUUGUGCCCAAAGAAGAGAACAGUGGUAUAAAAUGUUAACAAUAAACCCAAACUCAGAGUGCUGAUGUGGGGUCAACCACAUUAUGACUGAUUUUAUCUGUUAGGCUCUUGGGUGUUGCCGAGCUUGAGUAUGGCUUUGUGGUAUCACCAGCGGAACUGGGUUCUGGUUAUUUAUUUAUUUAUUUUUAAAAUUUUUUCUUCUUUUUUAGGUAACUUAAUCAUUUUUUUCACAGGAUACUAUGUGCAUGCAGAGCUGGGAAAAUAUGUCUGUUGCCGUAGAUUUGGAAAUGUAAUUUUUUGUAAAGACAGUUACUUCAUAGUUGUUUUCAACCUGGCUUUUAACUGAAGGUCAGGCAUCACUGUCUCAGCAAGAAGUGCACGAUUUAUAUUUACUUGACAACUUGAGAUAACUUGGUGGUGUGCACAUCUUUGGCGACAUCACGCCGACUGGUAUGUAGGGAUCUCUGCAGUACAUGGACAUUUGGAGCAUAAUGUUAAAUACGUAUUUGUGAAAUCUUUACACUAGGUGGCUUGACUAAGUUCUUUUCCUAUAAUUGUACAUGGGUUUUAUUUAUUUUUCAAGUUACAUUUGCCUUUAUGCUAGACUGUAAAACCUCUUCACUGUGCAUAAGACAUGUUUUUCCCUAUAUAGGUUAGACCUUUGCCAACAUUUGUGUUCGUAUUUACAUGUUGUCUGUUUGUGAUACUUAAACCAGAAUUUGGUUAAAAAAAAAAUAUAUAGAUAUAAUAUAUGUGAAAUAGUUUGGUGUUUAUCUUAUACACAUAGAGAAGAAUUGUAACUGGGUUUCCCCGGGCUGAAGUGCCCUUCCCCAGAGUCCAGUCUGAUACACUGCUGUCUGCUCCCUGACAGAAGGAUUCCGUAUAGUCUCUGUGGUCUGUACCCUCUGUAUUGUAAACCACUUUCUAGACAACUGUGGACUCUUUAUGUUUUGAGGAAUAUAUAUUUCUGUUUGUGAUUUCUGUCUUGAAAGUAGUAAAGCCACAGACAUGUACACAGCAAACAUCAAAUUUAUAAAUAUUAAGUAUGCAAUGUAAAAAUCAACUCUGUAUGUGAGAAUGCUUUUGCCAGUCUGGACCUUUCAGGGAAUUAAUGGCAGAAAAUUGAAACCAAGAUUUUAAUGAGCAGAUAUACAUUGGAUAAAUACAAAGACUAUCAAUAAACCUAGUUCAGGCACUUCAGCCUUCUUGGCAUGGCUUGCAUUUCCUGUGUGGGAUUGAAAUUCUUGACUGUGUAUUUUCCAAAAAUCUUUAAAAAUAAACCUUUUCUUUAUUAGAA